CAGUCACAGUUCGGGGCAAAACCGCUAAAUUAUUACGUCAGCUCAAACAGGAAGUAAGCGACAACAAAACUUUAUUAGCACACAACAAACACGCCUCCCAGGCUAACCAAAGGCUAACGGCCACACAUCAGCUGCCCAGUGAUUUCCUGUAGCACGUUACCACUUCGGUUGGCUUUUAUUUAAAAUUAACACCAGCUCACCAGCUCGGGUGUCUGGGAUGCUUCUCCGGACGUUGUGGUCUAGACUGGGAGCUCAGCGGCCUGCAGCGAGGAAACCAGUCUUCAUCUGUGCCUCGGCCAGUCUCUCCCAGUCUGUCCAACCACGCAAGUACGAGUCCAAACUCAGGACUCACUCAGACCCCUCUGGCCCAUGGAUGUUUUCAAGGACAUGUUGUUUAAACGCGCAAGAGCAUAUGAGAAAUGUUCUGCCUGCUUCAGGUGGAUUCAGAAGUUUUACCCACACUUUGUUGCCUGACCCUGGGACACUGGCUAAAUGUACAAGUGGACAGAGGUGUUUUUAUUCGUCCGGUCUCGUGAAGUCAAUGUUAAUGCCAAGUUCAAAACCAGCCGCGGGGCCCGGAAAAAGGCCUCCCAAAGGACCAAGAACAAAACAACCUUCUCGAACCAAUCAGCCUUCCCUGAAAGACGACAUGGAUAUGAUGCAGUGUAUUGCCUUUGCAACAGCAGAUCAGUAUCAUUUACCAACACUUUUCCAUGACUUGUCAAGCCACGGCUUCCAUGACAUCGAUUUACCAAGAGAUGCCUCAAAUGUGCUGGUGAUAAGCACAGACAUGACUGCAAAACCAGACGACGAUGCUCUAAUUUUCUUCUUCAGGGAAGGCUCAGUAGUUUUCUGGAAUGUUGAGGAGAAAACGAUGAAAAAGGUGUUGAGAAUAUUGGAACAUCAUGAGAUUCAGCCGUAUGAAGUCGCAUUAGUCCACUGGGAAAAUGAAGAGAUUAACUACAGUUUGAGAGAGGGAAAUACAAAGCUUGAGCAUGGCAACUUUAUUCUGAAUGACCAGAUGGAUCAAUUUGAAGCUGUUUUGGAGAAAUUUGCGUUUUCAAACGCACUGUGUUUGUCAGUGAAGCUGGCGAUAUGGGAGGUGUCAUUGGACAACUUUGUAGAGUCAAUUCAAUCAAUUCCAGAGACACUGAAGUCUGGUAAAAGGGUUAAGUUGUCCUCAGCAGAGGUUAUGAAGAAGAUUGGCGAGCUUUUCACGUUAAGACACUGUAUAAACCUGAGGUCUGACCUGCUCCUCACACCAGAUUUCUACUGGGACCGAGAAAACUUGGAAAAACUCUAUGAUAAGACCUGCCAGUUCCUCAGCAUCAACCGUAGAGUCAACGUUGUGAACGAGAAGCUGGAACAUUGCACACAGUUAACCGAUCUGAUGAGAAGCCACCUGAGUGAGAAGCACAGCUUGAGGUUAGAGUGGAUGAUAGUCAUCCUCAUUACUAUUGAGGUUUUGUUUGAACUUGCAAAAAUGAUCUUCUGAACUGCUCCUCCAACAAUGCACAAAUCUUCAAAGGGCACUGGAAGCUUCAAAGGAAGAAUGCUGCAGGAUACAAAGGUACUUUGUCAGUAAUAUGUGACCGUAUUUCCUGGAAACAACUGAAAUCUUGAAGUGGACCUGCACAUUGAAUGUCUUACUGUUCCUGUUGUACAGUAUUUACAGUUCAGCAACACACAAUGAAAUUUACUUUUUCUUUACCGUUUUGCUGAUCAUGGAUUGAGGGUCUGGAUUUUAUAUAUAUUUGUUCUUGAAAACAAAGUGCAUUGGUGGGACUUCUUCGUUUUGGGAUCAGCCAAUUACACAGUAAUGCAUUGUGAGUUUUGUCUGUUGAAUUUAUGUUUACAUCAUGUGCAAAUAUCUGAAUAUAUGUAUAUUGAAAUUCAUUAAGUCCAAGAAUUUUAACUGUGAGAGCUGUGUCAUAGAAGAGGCAAUAAAGUAUUUGUUUAAAAAAAAAUCUUUUAAA